UUCACCGGCAUGCACAAAGGCUGUGCCUUCCUCACCUACUGCGCCCGUGACUCGGCCCUGAAGGCGCAGAGUGCCCUGCACGAGCAGAAGACGCUGCCUGGGGCACAGGCUGCCAUCAACAGCCUGCACGGCAGCCAAACCAUGCCGGGUGCCUCGUCCAGCCUGGUGGUGAAGUUUGCGGACACGGAUAAGGAGAGGACCCUGCGGCGGAUGCAUCAGAUGGCGGGGCAGCUGGGCAUCUUCAACCCCAUGACCAUCCAGUUUGGUGCCUACGGGGCCUAUACGCAAGCGAUCAUGCAGCAGCAGGCGGCCCUGAUGGCGGCCGCGCAAGGGAAGCAGCUCUGCCCCUCCGUGGUGGCGCUUGGCCGAGGGCCCUCUCCCGCGGGAGCUGUGCAUCCCUGGGUUCCUCUGGCUUAUUCUCUCUUCCUUCUCCCUUCUUUUGUCUCCUCAGCUCAAAGCCCCACGGUGGCAGAUCCCCUCCAGCAAGCCUACGCAGGCAUGCAGCACUAUGCAGCAGCAUCUCCCACCGCCUACGCGCCCAUCAGCCAAGCCUUUCCCCAGCAAGCGCCCAUCAUCCCACAGCAGCAGCGAGAAGGUCCCGAAGGCUGUAACCUGUUUAUUUAUCACCUGCCCCAGGAGUUUGGAGAUGCGGAGCUCACGCAGAUGUUCUUGCCUUUCGGCAAUGUCAUCUCUGCCAAAGUCUUUGUGGACCGUGCCACCAACCAGAGUAAAUGCUUUGGUUUCGUCAGUUUUGACAAUCCGACGAGCGCUCAGGCAGCCAUUCAGGCCAUGAACGGCUUCCAGAUCGGCAUGAAGAGGCUAAAAGUCCAGCUAAAGCGGCCGAAAGAUGCCAACAGACCCUACUGACCCCUGAUCACCCUGGCCCUACGGAGAGGUCGGGCGUCCCGUGGUGUCUGACGACUUUCCCCUUCCCCAAGUGCAGUAUCCAAACCCGUAACUCUCUUUCUUUGCAACACAUCCCGGAGGAGGAAGAGGAGGAGGAGGAGGAAGAAGAGGAGGAGGAGGAGGUGGUGAUGGAGGAAA